UUUACUUUACACGUGUUUAAUAUUACUGACUCGGUACAGUGAUUAAUAUUUUACACGAUGGAUCAGGAGAAGAAAACAAUCGAGUGUUUCAGAAACAGACUGAGGCAGCUGAUUCAGGUCGCUCCUGUUCUAGACGCACUAGAUUGUAUAAGCAAAGGUCAGAAGGAGCUGAUAAGAGCCAAAUUACGAAACGAAGGGGAUCUAAAGGCUGCCGACCUUCUUCUGGAUGAAAUUCUAUAUAAAACCUGUCCGGAUGGCUGGUUUAGGACACUCAUUACGGCCCUGGAAAAUAGUGGAUGUAAACAAGCCGCUAAAUAUAUGGACAAAGAUAAUCUUCCCAGUCCGUCCAUGGAGGCUGAGAAUGACAGCUACAUCAAGCUGAUUGACCUUCUAAAGCUCACUUUGGUAAAUAUGAAGACCAGCGAUGUGUGUGACCAAUGUUAUCAGCAAAAUAUCCUCACUCAGGAGGACUGUGAGAACAUAAAGGCUGAGGUAAGACAGCAAGGGAACAUAGCUGGUGCCCGUGUGCUUCUGUCUCGGCUGGUGAAGAAUGAGCAUGGCUGGUUUUCUCAGUUUCUGGAUGCUCUCGAGAAAACAGGCCAUGGUAUUCUGGCAUCGGAAUUACGAGGGGGACCUGUUGAGCUAGAUGAUGAAGUUGAUAAACCCCAGGCACUGGAGGAUAAGAGUGAGUUAGCUACUCAGGCUAAAGAGACGGGAGAAGCAGUGGAGGAUUGUUCUCAGAAAUCUCUCUCAACAACGCCCUCAGAGGCCUCCAGCUCUUCUCAGUUAUCUCUAUCUAAUUCUUGUCUUGGGGCUGGAGCUCUUGACAGUAGUUUGGACAGCAGUGGCUUUCUUACCUCAAUGGACUUAACUGCUGAGCUUAGUACUGGAGGUGCAGAUGUUGACCUGUACAACGGUAGUGAAGAGGCGAUGGAGAUGGAGCAAACAGCAGUGAGUCUGGAUCAAUCAGUGAGCGAGCAAGAAAUUGUCCUGCGUGAUUAUCAGACAGAGGUUGCUGAGCCAGCUCUGGAGGGAAAGAACAUCAUUGUCUGUCUCCCGACAGGAAGUGGUAAAACCCGAGUCGCAGUGUAUAUAACCAAGCAACAUCUGGACAGCAGAAGGCACAAGAACCAGCCAGCAAAAGUUGUUGUCCUGGUUAACAAGGUGCCCCUGGUGGAGCAGCACUACAAAGCAGAGUUUGGAAGGUUUCUGAAACACCCGUAUCGUGUUGAAAGAGUAAGCGGGGACUCGCAGCUCAAAAUCUCUUUCCCAAAAGUCAUGAACGAAAAUGACAUCAUCAUCUGCACGGCACAGAUCCUGGAAAACUCUCUCGCCAAAGCCAUGCAGGGUGACGAGGAGGGGAUCAAGUUAUCUGAGUUCACAUUAAUGGUAAUUGAUGAGUGCCACCAUACACAGAAGGGUGAGGUGUACAACCACAUCAUGACCCGCUACCUGAAACAGAAGCACAGAAAUGCGACGCUCCUAAAAGAACAUAAAGAGCUAGUGCCCUUACCACAGAUCCUUGGCCUCACUGCCUCCCCAGGUGUUGGAGGAGCCAAGAACCAGCAGAAAGCUGAGGAGCACAUUCUCCAAAUUUGUGCUAACUUGGACGCCUACACAAUAAUGACGAAAAAAGGAGGAGAGGAGCAGAAGGGUCCAUACAAACGUAUCGCAACUGCUCCAGAGAGAAAGGAGGAUCCCUUUGGAAACGUGAUCAAGGGUAUCAUGAACAAGAUUCAUGAGCAUGCCCAGCUGAACCCACUGUGCCAGCCAGGAACCCAGAAUUAUGAGCAGUGGGUGGUGCAGACAGAGCAAAAUGCUGCUAAAGGGGAAGAUCAGAGAGUACGGGUUUGUGCAGAGCAUCUGCGUCAAUACAACGAGGCUCUUCACCAGAGCAACACCAUUCGCAUGUCUGAUGCCUUUAGCUUCCUUGACAAAUACUACAAUGAGGAAAACAAGAAGAAAAUGAACCCUGACGGUGAUGAACCCAUUCAGAUCACUGACACCGAACGUUUUCUCUUCAAUUUGUUCAAAGGCAAAAAAGAGCAUCUGCAGCAACUAAUGAAGAAUCCGCAGUAUGAGAAUAACCUUCUGGGUCAGUUAAGGACCCUCAUCCUGUAUGAGUUCACCAGCAGAGCCGAGGUCAGAGGCAUCAUCUUCACCAGAACCCGUCUAAGUGCUAUUGCUCUCAGCCAGUGGAUUCAGGAGAACCCAAAAUUUGAUGAGGUCGGGGUUAAAGCAAGCUACCUGAUUGGUGGAGGGGAUCAAAGUGUGGUGAAACCAAUGACUGCGGCAGAGCAAAGGGAAGUGUUGAACAAGUUUUAUAAUGGAAAGAUCAACCUGCUGGUAGCCACCACUGUGGCAGAGGAGGGCCUUGAUAUCGCGGCCUGUAAUGUUGUCUUACGAUAUGGUCUGGUGACCAAUGAAAUUGCCAUGAUUCAGGCUCGAGGCAGAGGAAGAGCAGAGGACAGCAGCUACACGGUGGUGGCAGAGGCUGGAUCGGGUGUGGCAGAAAGGGAGAGCGUGAAUGAAUACAGAGAGAAAAUGAUGAACAAAGCCAUUGCCAGGGUUUGCACUAUGAGCCGAGAAGAGUAUGAAAACAAAAUAAAGGAGAACCAGCUGCAGACGAUUAUGGAAGAGCGUGUGAAGGCGAAGAAGAAGCAGCAGCAGAAAGGCAUGAUAAAGGAGGACCCCAGCAAAGUGAAGCUAAAGUGCAGGAGCUGUAAUAUAUUUGUGUGUUCUGGAGAAGACAUCGAAGUCAUUGAGAGGAUGCACCAUGUCAAUGUUAACCAACCUUUCAGGGAGCUGUUUAUUGUGAAAGAGAACACAUCAUUGCAGGAGAGAUCACUGGAUUGUGAAGCAAACGGAAUCAUGGCAUGCAAAACGUGUGGACAGAACUGGGGCUCUAUGAUGCUUUAUAAAAGCAUCGAGUGUCCUUGUCUCCAUGUCAAAAACUUUGUGGUGACUUUCGACUCAAAGAAAAAGACCUUCAGCAAAUGGAGUGAGCUUCCUAUCCGGUUCCGUGCAUUUGACUACGCUUUCCAUGCUAAGCGUCUCACAGAAAUGUCGGAUGAAGAGAUAGACAUAACUGAGUGAAAUAGCUGAAAACAUCUGAGCAACACUUAUGGGUUAUUUAACUGUUAGUAAAGACACUGCUGUGCAUUGUGCCAGAUAAUAUUAACCCUUCAUUUACAUGUUAUAAGUGGCCUUUCACACUCCUGGGUGCUUAUAUAAAAGCUUUAGUAUUUCAUGCCACAUUUAAGUACAAAACAGAGUAAUCUGAACUUUGUAUCCUCAUCUCUUUUAGCUGCUGUAAAAAUAGUCUAUGCCAGGAAUCAGCAAUCUAUGGUGGCAACCAAAGCUGGCACGUGAAGCACGUUUGCACGGCACACUGAUUGGUAAGAGUAAAAAAAAAUUUAUUUCAUGCUCAGGGCUGCGCCUUAUUAGUUGGAUCCGUUCUUACACCUUGUGUCAUAUGCUCACUCUCGACACCUUGAUUAACCUUAACAAGCAAACAUUACUCCACCUUAACCGCCUCCACCCAUGGCCAGUUAAGGUUGAGUAAUUUAUGCUAGUUAAGGUUAAUCAAGGUGUUGGGAGUGAGUCAGCUUUCAAUUUCGUGUGAAUUUAGUAUAGCAUGGCUGCUAAACGCAUAAAAGUUUAUGUUUAUUCAAUUCAACAAGACUGGACUGAUUUGACAAAGCACCACAGCUUAUUUAAGGAUGAUGCUGACAAAAUGGAAUCAAUCAAAAGAGCAAUUUCAAGGUGCAAGAAACAGACGAGUGUUCUUCAUAAUUGAAGCCAUGGUAAAAGUUCACCUCAUAUACACCACAAAUGGAUCAUCUUUGCAGAGAAAGUCAGGGACAAGGAUCACAUUGACAUGUAAGUUUAAUUAACUGAUUAAUUGGUUUAUGUCACAUACAUAACAACAGUUUAUGUUAUAUGACUGAUGUAUUCCAUGGCACGCUUAGUACUUCAUCUUCAAUUUAUUUUUUUUAAUCGACAAAAAAAGGUACAAACAUUAAACCUACAAAAGUACAAAAAAGGUUGCCGACCCCUGGUCUAUGCAAUGUAUUUUGAAAUGUAUAACCAUGUCUCUGGUUUUAUUCGAUAUCACCACAUUUGGGGCUUCUGUGAUUACUUUUCUUAUGCCAAAAUUAAUUACGGGUCUUGAAGUAGUUUAAAUCAUCUUUAUCUGGAUAGGGUGGCAGAGUAAGUACUAUGUUUUUGGGGAUUAUUCUUCUGUAAUAAAAUGUAUGGCUGUCAGAUUUCUCCCUGUGUUUAAGAAGUGUUUUCUUCUAAAUGUUUACACUUUUGAGCAUUUUUUAUGUUUAAUAUUAAAUUGUAUUUAACAGGC